GUAAACGUCAGAACCUGUAGCCGAUGGAUCGAGAUUUUUGCUAUUGUAAUUAUAUCAUAAUAAACAAAAACGCGUUCGCGUUGGACUUGGUUUAUCAAAGUGUAAAGUUAAUUAAAAUGCAGUGAAGUAGAUUCUAGUUUAAACUAAAGUUUGUUGAAAAACACGAAAUGACGGUAACGAAUCGUCGAAUACCGCGAUUGUCAAAUCACCGAGCCCACCUGCCCCAUCCGCAGCAUUUCCAGCAUCCAGGCGGUUUCGCCGGGGCUGGAGCUGGAGGUGGCCUGAUGGCAGGGGUACAGAACAUUGGAGCAGGUGGUGGAGUGAAUCCGGACGAUCAGCAGCACGGUGGUGGCAAUUCGGCACUUAAUGGGGACGAGGACGGACAGUUUAGCUUCGGAACGCCUUUUCCGAAGCAUGUUCCUUUCCCGAAUGUGGACACAAGCUCGGAACUGUUAAAUGAAUUUCUGAUCUUCGGGUUUACCAUAAUAGCUAGUGCAACGCAGUUCCUGCAUCUAUACCGUACGGUUUGGUGGUUGCCGAAUUCGUACACGCGACAGGCUGUGAAUUUCUAUCUGAUCGAUUGGGAUCUGGCAAUUUUUAUUUAUGUAAUGGCAAGCCGUCGGCUGCUUUAUUGCUGCAUCCUCAAGCUUAUCGAUCUCAACUGCCCGGAUGCAUACGUGGAUAUUAGUAAGAGGAUAGCGAAGUACGUAUUUUUAGCCUGCGUACUUAUCUCCUUUAUUGGAUGUGGGAUACAAAUAUUCCAGAAAAACAGUUACCUUUACCUGUUUUGCUUGUCCUAUCCAUUUGUACUGUAUCUGGCAAUUUUCGGAUUCAAUCUAGAGCAGUUCCUACGCACGAUCGUCGACACUGAAGUUAACUGCAUUAACGGAAUGCCUGUGCACAGUUGUUCCUCGAAUGCAAUCGCUGUUCGAGCGGAAAUCGAUACGCUUAAGACGGAUUUUAAUAAUCGAUUCAAGCAAAUCAUCUUCACUUCGGUACUGAACGCCUAUUAUUCCGGUUUUGUGCCGUGUGUUUUGGUUCCGAAGCACCUGUACUACGACAUAUUUUGGGCAACGCAGCAUCUGGGAUUUAUAUUUAUCGGUGGUUUUACCAUGUGUGUGGCUUAUUGCUUUCCGGUGAGGUACUGCGAUGUUUUUCAUCGUGCAGCUCUGCACCUGGGACAGUGGAGUCGUGUGACACACCGAGCUCAUCAUCCACCACCGUACGUGUGGUCCAAAACAACAAUUUUCCCUUAUGGUGCUUACGUAAAGCACAUGGGAGAAAUUUACCGGGCGUCUGGCUUUAGCACUUCAGCCAUUCCGGCUAACAACAGUCAUAUUCGGUUCUUUGCUAUUUUCAAGAAUCCAGUUUUAAUUUACAUGAUCCUGUUUGCAGUGCAGGUCUCACUGGUUGCUCUCCAAUUGUUGAUCCUGUGCCUUUCGCGCGAAUGGCACAAUCUCAUCUCGAUCGGCUUCCUGUUGCUGGCCAAUUACUUUACGCUGUUCAAAAUCGCUCGCGAUUAUUUAAUCGCAAAAAGGAUAUAUGCCGGCGAGAAUGCCAUUCACGACAAAUAUAAAACGCAGUAAUUAAAGGUAAUGACUGAUUUAUUUAUAAUUUAUCUAAAAAUAUCUAAUCGAUUUGAUCGCUUCCGACAAAAAAACUGAACGAACAAAGCUUACUAAUAAGCUAAGAACACAAA